UGACAACAAUUGUCUAUUUGGUGGCUUCUUUUUUAUAUAUGUACAUAUGUUUUCCGCACACCACUUGUUGCUACAUGUUACAGGGCCACGAGGAUGAAGCGGCGCUCAAGCGACAACUAUUCUGUGUGGGACGGCGUUACGACCAUACAAUUAAUAAAAACAUAUGAAGAACACGAAUUGCUAUGGAAUAGCAAACACCGUCAAUAUGUGCAUCGAGACUCUCGCACGGAAGCUUGGGCAGCGAUGGCCAAAACAAUGCAAAUGAGCGUUCCCGAGGUGAAGAGGAAACUCAACUCCUUACUGGGCGUUUUUCAUUCACAGCAAAGGAAGAAUGUGUCUAUGCCCCGCUGGUGGACCAAGUACUUGUCAUUUUUGGUCGACAACAAAACAGAGGAUCAUGGCUCAGCAGCAGAUGGGAUGCCCAGAUCGAUUGAUCCUGCGUAUAAAAGCGAUGACUGCGACUCAAAUGUAUAUGUGGAUGGCGCUGAAAGCGAUGCAGAUGAGCCCUCAGAAAGUGGCAGUAAUAAGGGUAAACACAAGUCCGCAUUUGAAGAAUUUCUUGCCGAGUAUGAGGCACCAAAGCGUAUAGUCAUCCAGGAAGCAAAUAGCUCAACAGCCAUCAGUCUGGAGCCCAAGAGUGGCGAUUCCAAUGAUGCAGAGCCGACGCCACAGCCAAGUCCCAUCACACAACAAGUCGACGACGAAGAUAUGCAGCUAUAUUGUAAAUACCUGUGUAGUAAACUAAGCAAAUAUUCCUCAAGCACACGAAGCACAAUACAAUAUCAUUUUAAUCGCAUACUCUAUGAGGCCGACAUGGGCUGGUACGAGGAAAGUAGCAGCAGCGGCAGCAGUAAACAAUAAUUUAAGAUACUUGUACACAUAACUUAGUAUGAAAUGGAUGCAAUUCUGAAAAGCCGCCCAAGAAAUUUUGAAGAACCCAGGCGUUUUAUCAUUUGGUUUUUAUUUCUGCAAAUAUUUUUAGUUUUAUAUCGUUUUUACUAAGAAUUAUCACACUAAAAAGCAACUCAUAAU